AGCUCAACAAGGGACUAAUUGUUGUCGAAUUGUGUCUCCAUCUAAUAUAAAAGGCCAAUAUCCGAUAUUAAACUUCAUCAUAACACUUAAAAUGUUUGUGAAGUGCGUUCAAUUUACCCUUUUUCUUGGGCUGGUGGCCUCCACCCUCGGUAAUGCUGUAUUAAACAGAGAUGGACUCUUUACCCAAAUUGGCAAUGGUUACUAUUAUAUCGCUCAUGAAAAUUACACUAAAUGGUUUAAUGCCUACGAAGAUUGCCGACGAAUGGGUUCUGAGCUCAUCACAAUCGAUACAAUUGAAGAAUGGCACGCGAUUAAUAAGUAUCUGAACAAUAUGAAUAUCAUGAAGAGUUAUUGGACUUCGGGUAAUGAUCUUGCUGAAACUGGAAAACAUGUCUGGUUCUCGAAUGGAGAACCCAUUACCCUGGAUAUUUGGGCUCCGGGACAGCCUGAUAAUUAUCAAAACAGGGAACACUGUGAUAUGUUGGGUUGGUACUCCAAAGGUCAAGAUAUCCCACAAUUAAAUGAUGGUGGCUGCGAUGGGAUAAUUUCAUAUAUUUGUGAAGCAUCCUCGCUUCAUGCGCAACAAAUUAUAUAAUAUGAUAAUCAUGCAGGGCAAGAAUAUCACUUGGA